AUGCCAGAGAGGAUCACCAUCUUGUAUGGCUCGGAGACGGGGAACGCGGAGGAGUAUGCAAAGUACUUGAAACUUAGGCUCCGGGCUUGCAAUUUAAGGUCGACGGUGGCGGAAUUGGACGGGUAUCCGUUGAAGCAGUUGGUGACAGACACAGACUUUCUCAUAAUCAUAUGCUCCACCACGGGCCAAGGCGAGCUCCCUCGCAACGCAAAGUCGUUUAUGAAAUUCAUUCUCAAGAAGAAACUACCUAGUGAUUUGUUUCAUCAUUUGAAAAUGACCUCGCUUGGGCUAGGCGACUCGUCGUACACCAAAUACAACUACGCGGUAAAGAAGAUCCACGCCCGCAUGUCGCAGCUCGGUUGCCAGGAGCUUUCUCCGAGGUGCGAAGCAGACGAAAUGUCGCCCGAAGGUAUCGACGGGUUCUAUUUGGAAUGGGAGACGCAGCUCAUAAAUGCACUUGUCAAGGAAUUCCCCGCGGCUCGCGCACUCGAUGGCGACGGCGACGGCGACGGCACGGUCCCUGUACCAGUGCCAAUGCCGGAGCACAAGGUCUCCUUACAGAAGGACACUGAAACAAAUUUGACAACAACUCCAAAAACAGAUUCCAUUUUGCACGAAAUCUACAGCGGCUUGCAAACAGGAGAAGUCGUCUUGAACGAGAGAGUCACCGCGAGCGAUCACUUUCAAGAUGUGCGACUUUUCAGAUUCAAGUCUCGAGAUUUGCGAUAUCAUGUGGGAGACACGAUUUCGCUUUACCCGUGCAACUUUGAUGAAGACGUUCAGGCUUUGCUCGAGGCGCAGCCUCAAUGGUUGCCAAUAGCCGACAAGCCACUUUGCAUUAGAAACCUCGUGGGCCACGAGGUGCGCAUCACUUUACGCAAUCUUCUCAAGCACCACUUGGAUAUCAUGUCCAUCCCAAGACGGAGCUUCUUCAGCUUGGUCUGGCACUUUUGCGACAACAGCAACGAAGAUGGCCAGCGAGAACAGGACAAGUUGAAGGAGUUUGGCGCUUUCGACGACCCCGAGGAGUUGUACAACUACGCCAACCGACCAAGAAGGCUGAUUUUGGAAACAAUCUCUGAGUUCAAGAACAAUUUGUCGAUCCCCGUCUCGUAUAUUUUGGAUUUGAUCCCCUUGGUCAAGCCGAGAGUCUUUCUGAUUGCCUCGAGGCCAAAUGAAGACGAGAUUGAGAUCUUGGUUGCCGUGGUUGAAUACAAGACCAUCAUGCGGAAAAUCAGAAGAGGUGUUUGCACGAGAUGGCUCCGGUCCUUGAAAGUUGGAGAAAAAGUUGAUUUUUCGCUUGGGAAAUCGCCGUUUACCAUGAAAAAAGCGCCGGUUAUCAUGGUUGCUCCCGGUACCGGGGUGGCUCCAAUGAAGGCCUUGAUAGACCAUGAGCUUUAUAUAAAGUCCGGGCGCGAGAUGUUCUUAUUCUUUGGUUGCAGAUUUGAAGAAAAGGACCACUUGAUAAGAGACUUGUGGAAGGGGUCCACCCCCAAUUUGCAUCUCUUUAGCUGCUUUUCGAGAGAUAAAGGCGCCAAGUACAAGUAUGUGCAAAACGCGUUGAUCGAUCAACACGAACUAUUAGGAGACUUGAUCUACAACCAGGAUGCCAUAAUAUUUGUAUGCGGUUCAAGCGGCAAGAUGCCCCGAGAAGUAAAGUUGACAUUCGUUGAGAUUUUAAAAAGAUACUGCAAAAUGGGAGAAGAAGAAGCUCAAAAGUAUAUUAUAGAUUUAGAAGACACUGGCAGGUAUAAAGAAGAUGUAUGGUAA